GCCUUCUCCCACUUCUUCUGCCCCUUCCUUGAAACGGAGGUGUGUAAAAAGCAAAGCUGAGAAUUCUUCAUGUCCAGCAGAUCUGGGAGACAACAGGCUGGAGAGGUCUGCAAUAAUGCAAGCACUGGCAUUUGCUGGUUUUGCAUCUGAAUACCGGAAGCAUUUCUGAUUAAGGGAGAUGUGAUUGAUGCACAGGAAGAAGUGAUCAAUAUGCAAGACGCUAUUCUGAUGGCAGUCUUGAUGGUCACAGGUCUGGAGAUACUCUGUUUGGGAGCCAUGGCAAUGGAAGAAUCCCAGUGUCAACGGAUUGAGCAUCCUAUUGUUACAAGUGAAGAACUUGCUCCUUGGUUACAUGUGUUCAGAUCGGAAAGUGCUGUUGACUUCUCUCAAAUAACGUUUGAUCCAAGACAAAAAGAACUGAUUGUUGGGGCAAGAAAUUACUUGUUCAGGCUACAUAGUGAGGAUCUUUCUCUAAUCCAGGGUGUGGAAUGGCGCUGUGAUGAGACUACUACAAAAGCUUGUUAUAGUAAAGGCAAAUCAACGGAAGAGUGCCAGAAUUAUAUUCGUGUUCUCCUCAUUGGUGGAGAUAGACUGUUUGCAUGUGGAACUAAUGCAUUUACACCCAUUUGCACUAAUCGGACGCUGAGCAACCUGGAAGAGACACACGAUCAGGUCAGUGGCAUGGCACGCUGCCCAUAUAGCCCCCAGCACAAUUCUACAGCUCUCCUGGCAAGCACUGGUGAGUUAUACGCAGCGACUGUCAUGGACUUCCCAGGGAGGGAUCCUGCAAUUUAUCGCAGCUUGGGUAUUCUUCCUCCACUUCGGACUGCACAGUACAACUCUAAGUGGCUCCAUGAACCAAAUUUUGUGUCUUCAUAUGACAUUGGAAACUUCAUCUACUUUUUCUUCCGAGAGAAUGCAGUGGAACAUGACUGUGGGAAAAUAGUUUUUUCUCGGGCUGCUCGAGUUUGUAAGAAUGACAUUGGUGGCAGAUUUUUGCUGGAGGAUACUUGGACCACCUUCAUGAAAGCUCGUUUGAAUUGCUCCCACCCUGGAGAAAUUCCAUUUUACUACAACGAAUUACAGAGUACGUUCUUCCUGCCAGAACUGGACUUAAUCUACGGGAUCUUUACCACUAAUGUGAACAGUGUUGCUGUUUCAGCUGUUUGUGUGUUCAACAUGACUGCAAUAACUCAGGUCUUUAGUGGGCCAUUCAAAUACCAAGAAAACUCUCGUUCUGCCUGGCUUCCUUAUCCCAACCCUAAUCCUAAUUUUCAGUGUGGCACCAUGGAUCAAGGCCUGUAUUUGAAUCUGACAGAGAGGAAUCUCCAAGAUGCCCAGAAAUUUAUUUUGAUGCAUGAAGUGAUCCAACCUAUCACACCAGUUCCUUACUUCAUGGAGGACAAUAGCCGUUUUUCUCAUGUGGUUGUGGAUGUGGUACAAGGAAAAGAAAUGCUUUUCCAUAUAAUUUAUUUGGCCACAGAUCAUGGGACAAUUAAGAAAAUCCUUGCCCCAGUUAACCAGACAGCAAACAGUUGCUUGCUAGAGGAGAUUCACAUCUUCCCAAAGAAGCGGUGGGAGCCCAUCAAGAGCCUGCAGAUUUUACACAGUCAGAGUGCUCUAUAUGUGGGACUUCAGAGAAGCGUGGUGAAGAUCCCACUGAAGAGAUGCCAGUUUUACAAAACACGCAGCACGUGUGUUGGAUCUCAGGAUCCUUACUGCGGCUGGGACUUGGUGCUAAGGAAAUGCACACCAUUGGAAGAAAGCUUGAGCAUGAGUCAAUGGGAGCAAAGCAUCUCUCUGUGUCCAAAGAGGAAUUUGACUGUGGAUGGCCAUUUUGGGACCUGGUCAGAGUGGAAGCCUUGUACACAUGUAGAAGGAUCUAGUGUAGGCUUCUGCCUCUGUAGAACACGCUUAUGUGACAAUCCAGUUCCAAAAUGUGGGGGCCGCCAGUGCGAAGGGUCAAGUAUUGAGAUUGUUAACUGCUCCAGAAAUGGAGGCUGGACUCCAUGGUCAGCCUGGUCUCCUUGCAGCACCUCUUGUGGAAUAGGCUUUCAAGUACGCCAACGUUCUUGCAGUAACCCAAGCCCUCGGCAUGGAGGCCGUGUAUGUGUUGGGCAGAACCGUGAAGAGAGGUAUUGUAAUGAGCAUUUGCUGUGUUCCCCGCAUAUGUUCUGGACUGGCUGGGGUGUAUGGGAGCGUUGUACAGCCCCGUGUGGAGGAGGCAUUCAGGCUCGCCACCGAACUUGCGAAAAUGGCCCAGAUUGUCCAGGUUGCAGUGUUGAGUAUCAGGCUUGCAAUACCAGCCCUUGUCCAGAACUGAAGAAGACAACUCCUUGGACUCCAUGGACACCAGUGAAUAUCUCCGACAAUGGUGGGCACUAUGAACAACGAUUCCGAUACACUUGUAAGGCACGUCUUCCCGAUGCAACUUUGCUAGAUGUGGGAAGGCAAAGGAUUGAAAUGCGCUAUUGUUCAACUGAUGGUGCUACUGGAUGUGCAACUGACGGAGAUUUUUUGCAUUCUGGGCAUCGUUCUACUCACACAGUCAAUGGAGCUUGGUCCCCCUGGUCUCCAUGGUCUCAGUGUAGCCGUGACUGCAGCAGAGGUAUUCGGAACCGCAAACGGAUUUGCAAUAAUCCUGAGCCAAAGUAUGGGGGGUUGCCUUGCCUAGGACCGCCCCUGGAAUACCAGGAAUGCAACAUCCUUCCAUGCCCAGUUGAUGGAAGUUGGUCCUGUUGGUCAUCAUGGUCCAGGUGCUCUGCUACUUGUGGAAGUGGCCAUUACAUGAGGACUCGCUCAUGUACAAACCCAGCACCAGCUUAUGGAGGUGACAUCUGUCUAGGGCUCCACACUGAAGAAGCGCUUUGCAAUACACAACAGUGCCCAGAUAGUUGGUUGGACUGGUCAGAUUGGUCAGGCUGUGAUGCAUCUGGAGUCCAGGUCCGCACUCGCCAGUGUGAUGUUUUAUUUCCUGUGGGUCAGCAGUGCUCUGGGAAUAGUACUGAAAGUCAGCCAUGUGAUUUUGAUUCCAAUUUCAUACCAGAUAUAAGAGUUGCAAGAACCAGCAGUAUCAAAGAAAAAAGAUGUGGCGAAUUUAAUCUGUUCCACAUGACUGCUGUGGGGCUGAGUAGUUCCAUUCUUGGGUGCCUUCUGACUCUUCUGGUUUACACUUAUUGCCAGCGGUAUCAGCAACAGUCUCAUGAUGCCACUGUCAUUCAUCCAGUAUCUCCAGCACCUCUUAACACCAACAUCACUAAUCACCUCAACAAACUGGACAAGUAUGAUUCUGUAGAUGCCAUUAAGGCAUUUAAUAAAAAUAAUCUGAUCCUAGAAGAACAAAACAAGUACUUCAAUCCACAUCUCACCGCAAAAGCGUAUUCCAAUGCCUAUUUUACAGAUUUGAAUCACUACGAUGAAUACUAAAAAGGCCUCGGUUUAACUUCAUAUGGGUCCCCAAGAUGUGAACCCUGUGUGGGAACACCAAAUUGUUAAUAUCAUGUUGUUGCCAGCUUUAAAACAACAAAAAGCACUUGAUUGUAUAGGUACAAUCUUGCAGUACAGACACAACUUUGGUAGUACAAUAUUUGUAUUGUGUAACUACGUUGGAGCUAUUCAGUCAAAAAAUGAAACAUCUUGCGUAGGACACUUCGAGGAGGUUGAUCCUAUUUUGGCUUGCUACCAUCCUACUAAUUCAUCUCUUCAGCUUCUCAGAUAUGUGCGGGAAGGGCCAUGGACUGCCUACUGGACACAGCAUUCUCAUUUGUCUAAGAGACAACUGUUCCAUGAGUGGGAAGGCAAUAGAGAGACAGAGAGGACAACAGGUUAUUGAAUGAAAUUACUCUUAAGGGCAGAAGCCUUAAGUACUUCAUCCCCCAUGCCAGACUGUAGAAUUUUGAUGUGGUUUAUGUCCUAAAGAAACUGGAGCCUGUAUGCUGUUGCAGAGUGCUGGAAA